AUGACUUCCUUUGGCCAGACCACUUUCUUCGUCGUCGUCCUUGCCUCUGCGAUUGUACUUUCUUCUCCUGCGCGUGUCUCUGCUGCCGCUAACGCGACUUCUCCUGCUAACAAGACUGCUUCCGCUAAGGCGGGUGCUCCUGCUAACGCGACCGGCGCCGUAGUGGCGACGGCGAGGCAAAGCAAGGGCGCGGGCGAAGGAAAAAACUCCACAUGCGCCUAUUACGGCAACUACAACACUAACCCAUACUUCAACAAAGGGCUCACCGCGAAGCUUCCUCCUGCCGAGUUCGGCAAGCGCAUCACGUACAAGCGCGCCAACUGCGUGGUGUCGACCCUCGGAUCAGGCGUCCGCGUGCGCAGAAACUCGACGGCGGAGAAAUUCAACAUUCAGAUGGUGGGGCUUGCCGGCCCCGGCACGCUCAAGGAGGUGGAGCUCAGCGCGGACGGCAAGAAGUGGGCGAAGCUGACGCGCGACGGCAGCAAGGCCGUGUGGGGCAUCGCGGGCGCGGAGGCGAAGGAGGUGGUUGGCGCGAAGAAGGCGAUGAGCGUGCGCCUGACUGCGGGGCACACCCUGGAGAAGAUCACGCUCGCGAAUGCCAUUCCCGCUGACUGGAAGCCCGCGACGGUGUAUGCGUCAAAGGCCAAUUUCAAGAAGAUGAUGGCUGAGAGCAAGUAG